AUGGGUGUCUUGAGAAACCUGGUGGCAUGGCUACCGAUCCGGAGGGUGCCGAACGGUAAGGACGCGAGUGGUCUCUCUGGUUGGGAUCUUGUUAGUCUAAUGAGUUGGCAACGGAGAAUACGUCAUUCGGCAACCUGUAGGAGGUGUCGUGGGGGAUUUGUCAGGAUUUUCCGUGUGGCAAUUGGCUUCAUAGACCAAUGGAGGUUGGAGCCGCACGAGGUGUCGUUCGAUACAACAUGUUGGUCUGAAUGCCUUUAUAGUUGGGUUCUAGAGAAGGUUCUUGGCGUUGUCCGUCAGUUAGAGGUGUGGAGAGUUCCCUAUAACCUUGGUCAGCGGCCUACCGAUCGGGAUGCGAAGGUUGAUGAAGCCAGGGACGAUGAUGGGUUGUGA